AUGACCGACCUCACAAUCACCCGCAUCGACGUCUUCCAGGCAACCCUCCCCUACUCCGGCGGCACCUACACCCUAUCCCGCAACCGCACAUACACCUCCUUCGACGCGACCUUCGUCCGCAUCACAACCUCAACCGGCCUCGAAGGCUGGGGCGAAAGCACCCCCUUCGGCAGCACCUACGUCGCCGCCCACGCGCUCGGCGUCCGCGCCGGCAUCGCCGAAAUAGCACCGCACCUCAUCGGCCUUGACCCGCGGCACGUCGACCGAAUCAACGAGGCCAUGGACGACGCCCUCGCAGGCCACGAGGCCGCCAAGGCCGCAAUCGACAUCGCCUGCUGGGACGUCUUCGGGAAGGCCGUGGGGAUGCCCGUGUGCGAUCUGCUCGGCGGGCGCACGGACGUUGGCCUGCCCAUCAUCUCGUCGAUCGGUGUUGGCACGCCGCAGGAGAUGCGCGCCAGGGUCGACGAGCACCGGAGGCGCGGGUACAUCGGGCGCUCGAUCAAGAUUGCGGGGGAGCCGGCGGCCGACGCAGCGAGUAUCGCCGCUGCGCUUGCGGAUCGGCAGGCUGGCGAGAUGUUCCUGGUUGAUGCGAACGGCGGCUUGACUGUUGAGAGCGCGCUGCGCAUGCUUCGGCUUCUCCCGGCUGGUUUGGACUUUAUUCUUGAGGCGCCCUGUGCGACGUGGCGCGAGUGUGUGAGUCUGCGGCGCCGCACAGACGUCCCCAUUUACUUUGAUGAGCUGGCCGUGACCGACGCCUCGAUCGUGCAGAUGAUGGCCGACGACGCGGUUGAGGGGGUCAACAUGAAGAUCUCGAAGACUGGUGGACUGACUAGAUGUCGUCGGGUGAGGGAUAUGUGCAUUGCGGCCGGGUAUACGUUUAGUGUGCAGGAUACGGUGGGCUCGGAUAUAUCGUUUGCGGCGAUUGUGCAUAUGGGGCAGACUGUGCCAGAAAGGUAUCUGAGGUGUAUUCUGGAGACGAGGGAUAUGGUUACGCUGAAGACGGCGGAUGGGCCGUUUGAGGUGGUGGAUGGGAGGGUCAAGGCGCCUGUGCUGCCGGGGUUGGGGAUUACUCCACGGAUGGAUGUUAUGGGGGAGGCUGUUGCUAGUUACUUUUGA